AGCAGAGGGAGAUCAGCACCCUGGACAGCGGCGGCUGGUCAAUAAUAAAGCAGCCGGAGCUCCUUUCCUGCCCAGCUGCUGGGAGCACUGGGAGAGGCACAUCACCCACUAGAGGCGGAUGGAUGUCCAGUUUAAAAAAAAAUACUGACUUGUUUACAGGAUGACAGUUUUUUUCUUCUUCUUAUUCUCCAUAUUCCGGAAGUAGCUGCUGCGUUGGUUCAAUCUCCAAGCCGACCAUUUCGAGGAGGAAAAUCAGCACCAGAAGUAUCAUCACCACCAUCUAUCUGAUCCAAUAAUCAAUGCCAUUACUGCUGUGUAAUUGCUCUCGGCUGCAAAGACAUCUCCAUGCGUAUUCCUCGUCUUUUCUCGUCUCCAAUUAGAAAAAUCGCAGGGUGCCUUUAUUUUUCUGCCUCUCUCUAUCUCUUUGGCCGUAUUUUUUUUUUGUGGGCUCGCUGAUGGACAUCGAGGCGAAGAUGGGAAACAUGGGGCUUUCGGGUGUUUUUGUGUUGCCGUGUUUCCAGCGAGGCUUCUGAAAAAUGAAAAGGAAUGUGUUUUUGAUAUCGACGUGGAUGGUCGGGGUGAAUGGCUCGGAUUCUCCGUGGAUCAACCAGAGGCUUUACGAGAAGGAGAUGAAUUAGAGAGAGGGGGGAGAAAAAAAUGGACCAUGAUCUGACGCUUGGGAUGCUACAGUGAGGGACAAUUAAAAAAAAAAACAGACUUAUUAUUAUCAUCUAAAUCAAACUUCCAUUUCAUCUUUCAUUUUCUGUUUUGGAUUAUGAUUCUCGACAAGAGUCCCAGAUGUGACUGUAUGGAUGGCAGGUCGUUGUAUUUUACAUCCCAUCUUCUAUUUCCUGGCUCUGUGUUGCUCUCUCUUCCACUCGUCCACCCUCUCGCAGUCUUCUGCUUUGGGUAGCAAAACAUGUAGGCUAUUUUUUGCUGCAAGCCCAGUGCAUCUGAAAAAAGGUGUCUUUGAAGAAAAAUGGACCGUGGGAAUCAGAACCUGUGCAAGUUGUAGUGUUUUUUGUAUUCUGGGGUGCGGUGGAAGAUGCAUCUAUAGACAGCGUUUGCUGAGUUGUUUGAGUAAUGAAUAUUGAAAGAGUGUGUCGGCCAGCUGAAAGGGAAAAUCUUUCAUCCGCAUUGGCUUAGACACACAUGCCAUCAGUGGGGCGAGAGCCUUUUAUUUCUCUGGAUUCCCAAUUAAUAGGGUUGUGGUAUAAAUGAAAAUACUACAAUAAGAAUGAACAUAUUAGAAUGAACGUAUGAAUUAUAACAAUAAUAAUUAUAAUAACAAUAGAGGGAGAGGAGACAAAAACAUUUAUUUCAGUCUGGCGGAUUCUUUAUGUAGCCAAACAUGUUCAAGUAUCGGAUCCGCAUGUUUUUUAAUGAACUGAAAGUCCUGGUGUUUAUGCGAUCCGAUUCGAGACAGUCCGGCUCAGACACAGAUAGACGGCCCACCACCAUGCGAGGUCUGGGGAUGGGCGGCUGCGGUUGGCCGCCUUUCGUCGAUUGCCAUUCCCGGGAUGACGAGGAGGAGUACUACGGCAGCGACCCGCGGCCCCGCAGCCUGGCGUUUGAGGACAAGGAGCCCAAGCUGCAAGUGGGCCUGGACGCCGUGUCUCUGUCCAGCACCUCCAGCAGCCUGCUGUACCCCCAGUGCCGGAUCUGUUUCCAGGGCCUAGAGCAGGGCGAGCUGUUGAGCCCAUGCCGCUGUGACGGCUCGGUGCGCUGCACCCAUCAGCCCUGCCUCAUCCGCUGGAUCAGCGAGAGAGGAUCCUGGAGCUGCGAGCUCUGCUACUUCAAGUACCAGGUCCUGGCCAUCAGCACCAAGAACCCUCUGCAGUGGCAGGCCAUCUCUCUGACGGUGAUAGAGAAGGUGCAGAUAGCGGCCAUUAUUCUGGGUUCCCUUUUCCUCAUCGCCAGCAUCUCCUGGCUCAUCUGGUCCUCCCUCAGCCCCUCGGCCAAGUGGCAACGUCAGGACCUGCUCUUCCAAAUCUGCUACGGCAUGUACGGCUUCAUGGAUAUCGUCUGUAUAGGCCUCAUUAUCCACGAGGGAUCGUCAGUGUAUCGAAUCUUCAAACGAUGGCAGGCUGUCAAUCAGCAGUGGAAAGUACUGAACUAUGAGAAGUCAAAGGACUUGGGCGACCCGCUGAGCUCGAGCAGAAAGACGGGGGCUCUCGGCUCUCGCGGUAACCCUCACGGUCUGGCCAGCAGCAGCGGAGGGCGACAGAGCAGGAGGUUAAGAACUAUUCUGAACCACCACUGUGGAUACACCAUCCUGCACAUCCUGAGCCAACUGCGGCCCAACAACCCGCGGAUCAGCGCCACCUCCAACCGGGAGGUGGUGAUGAGGGUCACCACCGUAUGAGUUGGGCAUCCGUGAUGGGAUCGACCUCGUCUUUGUGUCCAGAUGUAAAUGAGACUCACGGACCUAAUAUGAAUUACAGACUCAUGUGGGCGCCCUUGUGAGGAGCGGAGGGACGCCACAUCAGCAGACACUUGAGGAUUUCUCCUCUUGUUUCGUACAACAAAAGGAAGCCAGAUGCUCCUUUUCAACAAUUAGAGAACUGACGAAGAUGAGGAUGCAUUCAAAGACACA